AUGAUCCAGACGGACCGUUUGUACUCUGCCGACGAUCUGUACACGAUUCGGCAAAGGGAGGACGAACCCCUACGGGAAUACGCGGCGCGCUUCAGUCACGAGUACUCGAGGUGUCCCGAAACGGACGAUAGGGCAGCCUACGGCGCCUUCAAGAGUGGCCUACGGCCCUCUCACUUCCGGGUACCUCGUGCACAGUAG